AGUAUUUCUGAAACAAACUAGAUCUUGUAAAUUGGAACAUUUUUGUAAAUUCCUACAUUUGAUACCUGUCCACUUCUGCGGGAAUCAUGCAAAACGAUGUUGAGGUGUGUGAGCCCCCCACCGAUUCCAUUUCGGCGCUGGAGUUUACUCCGUCCAGGAGUAGCUGUAGCUCCAGGCUUGCCGCCGCCAGUUGGGAUUGCUCGGUGAGGGUGUGGGAUGUGCAGACAAAUACAGGAGCCACCAUUCCACGGUGCCUGCACAUGAUGGACUCAAUCGUCCUGGAUGCGGCCUGGAACAUGGAAGGCAGCCAGCUGUAUAUGGGCGAUGUCACCGGUAAGGUGUCCGCCCUGGAUGUGGCCACAAAUACGCUGGCCAAGAUCGGCAACCAUGAGGCGGGAGUGCGCUGCUGUAGUAUGAUGGUCUCGCCGGUCCUGAUGACCGCCUCCUGGGACAAGACCGCAAAGUUUUGGGAUCCGCGCUGCGAUAAGUCCAUUUUCGAACUGAAUCUUCCGGGUCGCGCCUAUGCCGCCGAUACUAUGAACACUUUGGCCGUAGUGGCCUGUUCCGACCAGAAAGUCCUGACCUUCUCCAUCGAGGGUAGCUACAAGGACACGCGGCAAUGGGACUGUCCAACAAUUGGGGGAACCAAUAGCCAGGUGCGGGCUUUGGCCAUAACCAAAGGCUCCACAGCGCAACAGCCUAUUGGCUGGUUUCUGGCCAAAAGCGACGGCCGCGUGAUUAUGCAACCAGUUCAGCCAUAUGUCCACGAUACAUGGUCCUUUGAGUGCCAUCGCAAGGAGAUAAGUAAAGGCACCCACUACGAUGUGUAUGCGGUGAAUGACAUCAAAAUGAACCACGAACGGAAGACCCUGGCCACGGUGGGAUCCGAUGGCAGCUAUGAGUUCUGGGAUUGUAUAAACCGAUCCCGGCUGAUGCGGAACAGCGCCCAGGCUCCGGAGUCCAUUACCAAGUGCUCGCUCAGCGCCAAUGGCCAGGUGUUUGCCUAUGCCGUGGGCUAUGACUGGGCACAGGGAUAUGAGUACCAUGAUCCUGCAAAAAAGCCAAAGAUAUACAUGCGAUCGGUGGUCAAGGAUAUGAAGUCCAAGUCCACCAAGGUUUAAGGUGGGAAGCCACUAGGGCUUAAAAGUUUUUAAUUAUAAUAUUCGGAGAUUUUAGAAGAGUCGGGUGCUUUUUUUUAAGGAAGAAUGAUUUUUGACUUAGUAAAUUGAGUUUUCAAAAGGCCCUAGUCUUCACUUCAAAUGAGUUUUAAAUAGACUUCUAACCCCCUUAGUUUUAAAACUAACGGUUAAGCUAUAGAAUAACAUAUUAAAAACGAAAUGCAAUUAACUUUCCACCAUGACAAAGAAAAUAGCGACUGUGAAAUUUGGAGGCCAGCAAAUACCGAAUAAAGAAAAUUACUCGGCCCGCCGCA